UGAGAGUAGUGUUGGUGGCGCCACGGUCGCCAGUGUGGUAACUCACAUUAUCUCACUCUCUCUCCUUGACUCUACCUUCUGGUCUUGUGUAUUGGUGCCCACGAGGGUUGUGUGGGAACGCUCUAGUGCUGGUAAAUAAAGAUGGGAAGGAAGGCAGACUACCAGAAGGCUAAGAGAGGACCGGGAAGGAAGGCCAGGAAGCAGCCAGUGCCAGUCUUCAGUAAAGCGGAUGGAGAAGAAAAGGUAUUAAGCAGACGUCAAAAGAUACGAGCUAGAAAACGAGCCCUGAAGGAGACCAGUAAGGAUGAAAGACCAAAGAAGAAACUCAAGAUGUUGCCACCACAUAAAGAGGACAAGUUGGACAGUGAGGGGGAGCACCAAGAGGCUUCUGAUGAUAUGGAAGAGAGUGACAGUCCUAGAGUGAAGAAGGUCAAGAACCAACCCCAAAAUAAGACCAAAUUUGCUCUAUUUGAAAAAGAUGAGAGUGACGGGGAAGAGGACAAUAAUGAAGAAAGCGACAGUGACGGAGAUGACAAAGAUGAUUAUGGUGAUGAUGACGACGAUGAUGAGGAUGAUGUUGAUAACAAUAUAGAAAAGGCAUCACAAAAAUUGGAAAGGAAAGAGAAAGCAAAAAUUGCUGCGGGUGAUGCCUACCUGGAGGAGUCGGCAGCAAAACUUCACAUACAGAUUCCAAGUCUUGAAGAGGUACUAAAGGAGCUUGAAGAAUCCCCAGACCUACCCAGUAUCAACAUUCGAAUCAAGGACACGGCAUUCAUACUUGCUGAUUUCAGCAAAAGGCGUGAAGAGGGACGCAGUCGCUCAGAAUACCUCUCCAUCUUCCUGAACGACCUCUCCACAUACUACUCAUACAACAUCUACUUGAUGGAGAAGCUGUUAGACAUGUUUGGUCCUACAGAAGUCAUUGAAUUUUUAGAAGCCAAUGAAUCGCCCAGACCCGUCACAAUUCGCACCAACACACUUAAGACUCGUCGAAAAAUGCUAGCGACAUCCUUGAUUGCCCGUGGUAUCGAUGUAGACAUAAUUAGUUGGUCCAAAGUGGGCUUAAUAGUGAUGCGUACGCCAGGCAAUGUAACCUUAGGAGCUACGCCAGAAUAUUUGGCUGGUCACUAUAUUCUUCAGGGCGCUUCAAGUUUUCUACCAGUGAUGGCAUUAUCACCGAAAGAAGGAGAGAGAAUAUUGGAUAUGUGUGCUGCUCCUGGUGGAAAAUCCACUCAUAUUGCUGCGAUAAUGAGGAACACUGGGACGAUCAUCUGCAAUGACUUGAACCGUGACAGAGUUAAGGCGUUGGUUGGUAACUUUCACCGCAUGGGGAUCACCAACUCUGUCAUAACCUCGCAUGAUGGCCGUGCUUUUCCUAAGAUGAUGUCAUGCGCAUUUGACCGGGUACUGCUGGAUGCGCCUUGCUCAGGUACAGGCGUUAUUAGUAAAGAUGAGCGUGUCAAAACCAGCAAGGAUCAGAAAGAUGUACAAAGAUGCUCUCAUAUUCAGAAGGAACUGAUCUUGGCAGCCAUUGAUUCUGUACACAAGUUUGAUGGUAAAAGUGGCUAUGUUGUAUAUUCUACUUGCUCUAUCCUGGUUGAGGAGAAUGAAGCAGUGGUUGAAUAUGCACUCAAGAAAAGAAAUGUGAAGCUGGUUCCCACUGGUUUAGACAUCGGCAAGCCUGGAUAUGUAAAAUAUAGAGAGAAUAGGUUCAACUCUACAAUGCAUCUGUGCAAGAGAAUAUAUCCCCACACCUACAAUUUGGAUGGAUUCUUUGUGGCAAAACUCAAGAAGCUUGGUGAGGUGGAGACGCAACCAGCAGAUGCUGAGAGCCAAAUCGAUUAAUAUAUUUUAGAAAUGUUUUUAAACUAUUCAGAUUUUUUUUUUUCAUGCACAAUGUAACACUUAUGAAAUGUAUGUUCGAAUAUGUUAUAAAUACACAUGAAAGUGA